AUGGAUCGAUCGACAUUUCUCAGGGUUCGUGAUUGGACCAUGUUUGCAAUUUCCCAUCAUCUAAUUAUGGCCAUCUACCUUUCCAUCCUUCAAGUCCUCAUUCCAUACUUCUUUCCACAAUUUGACUAUCACCGUUGGUUCCUUCGCGCGUUCCUUUUUCACCUGGCAUGUAUAAUUGUUUCCUACAUCGUCCGAGUUACCACAUAUCCACCAGGACCACCACCAAUGGCGAUUCUUGGAAACUCUCCAUUCGUUAACGUCCUCUGCCCAGAGGAGACUUUUCUCGAAUACCGAGAAAUAUAUGGACCAGUGUUCACUCUCCAUCUUUCAAAACCUACCGUAAUCCUUGCUGAUUACUCAACUAUUCAAGAAGCUCUCGUUAAGAAUGGCCAACAGACAAGCGGACGUUCGAGCGCCGAGUCAUUUGUUCUUUUCACCGGAGAUCGUGAAAAUGGAGAUGGAGUCAUUCUUGCAAUGCGUCAAAAGUGGAAGGAUAUGCGUCAUGAAAUCAGCCGUUUCAUGAAUAAGUGGUACGGCAAGCCAAUGGACGAGUUGGUUCUCCACCACACCAGAUGCCUUGAAACAGAGUUGAUGAAGAUUUCGGAGACCCAGAGUUUGGUUGAUUUGCGUGACCCUCUUGCCGGAGCUAUUGCCAAUGUCAUCCAGCAGAUCACUAUCGGGCGCAAUUACAUGUACCAGGAUCAGGAAUUCCAGACUCAAUUGAAAGAUAUUAACUCUGUCGUGAAAGAGAUUAUGACUGCUGAAGUGUUCUUUGUGAACUGCUACCCGUGGCUUCGUUAUCUGCCAGAGGGCAUUCUCCGCAAAUGGACGAAUUACAAAAGAAGUGGAUUCAGACUUCAGCAAUGGUUCCGCACUAUUUUGGAAGAACAUCACGUCAACCGCCAUCAAGGCGAUUUUAUGUCACAUAUGAUAGACCUCCAAGAGUCGAAACAAGAACAAUUCAAUGACCUAUCAAUCAUUCUUACCUGUGGAGAUAUGUGGACUGGUGGAAUGGAGACUACUGUAACUACAUUGAGAUGGGGAAUCAUCUAUCUUCUUAACAACCCGGAGGUCCAAGCAAAGUGCCAUUUAGAGCUACUCAAUGUUUUCGGAAACGAUGUCCCGGAUAUGAGCAGAAUGAAUCAGACCCAUUACGUCAGAGCUACACUUUCCGAAAUUCAGCGUCUUGCAAAUGUUCUUCCAUGGGCUAUCCCACACAAAACAUUGGAACAAUGCAACAUCGGAGGAUAUGAAAUCCCGGUCAACACUGAAAUCAUCCCAGCUCUCGGUGCCACUCUCUUUGAUCCAAACGUGUUUGAGUCACCAAAAAUGUUCAAACCCGAACGCUUUUUGGAUGAAGAAGGAAAAUAUCGUGUUAUGGAAGAAUUCCGUCCAUUCGGUUUGGGACCAAGAGUUUGCCUCGGAGAAAGAGUUGCUCGCACUGAACUCUACCUCAUCUUUGCAAGUCUACUCCAGAACUUCCGUUUCUAUUUGAACAGAGGUGAUCCAACCCCAGUUGCUGAACGCGUCAUCGGUGGAAUCACUGCUCCUCCAAAACCAUAUGCGACUCGUGUUGAGUACCUCGGACACCGUACUAUCAACUAA